AUUUCAAGGUCUGGCCGCAACAACGAGCUGUGGCGACCAAACGACCGAUCCCAGGUGUGCUCGCGGCACUUUAUGCCCGAGGACUACAAGGAAGGGCUGAAGAUAAGAAAGCUCAAGCCAACAGCCGUGCCUUCAGUUUUUCCACAGUACCCAAGCUACAAGCAGCCCUGCCUAAAGAAACCACGAAAAGCCCCAAAACAAAGGGCAGAGAAUACUGGGGGACCAGCAGAACAGCAAAAGCGCUCCUCAGGUGCCCCCAAGAUACAGCCUCUCCAAGAAGCAGAUGAAAACAGGGACCCCACUUUCAAUCGGCUGCCCCUGACAGAGGUGGAGUGUGACCCAGCAGAAGGGAACUGUACUGGUGAAAUCAGUAAUCCAGCACUAGCGGCAGUGUAG